UACGGAAGGUGACGUAAGCACGUCUGCAGCCUAGCAGCAGAAAAGACGGCGUAAACAAAGCGGCAGCUACAAGUCAGCUAACGCUAAGAAACGUUAGCUCAUGUUUUCGUGAGUAAAAUACUUUAUCAUAGUUGCAUUCGGUUAUACGUGAAACCCUGUUUUAUUUUAUUAGUGAGCACGACUUUCAUUCGUAUGGUAACAGACUCACUCAUGCGCUGAGAUUGAAAUUAAACGAGUUACCAAGAUACCGUUAUCGCUAACAUUAGCUACAUUAGCUCGCUAUGUAGCCAAUUUAGGUCGAUCAGCUGGCUAAACAAGGUUGGAUAGUGGUGUGACGCCUAGGGCUCGAUGACUACUUGAUCCCAGUCAUCUGGACUUGGACUGCGAUGUUUAGCCUGAUGGCGAAUUGCUGCAACUGGCUGAAACGUUGGCGAGAGCCUGCAAGGAAAGUGACUCUAGUUAUGGUGGGACUGGAUAAUGCAGGGAAGACAGCCACAGUACGAGGAAUCCAAGGAGAGAAUCCCGAGGAUGUGGCUCCUACAGUGGGCUUUUCCAAGGUUGACCUGAAGCAGGGCAAGUUCGAUGUGACCAUCUUCGACCUGGGCGGCGGGAAGAGAAUCCGGGGCAUCUGGAAGAACUACUAUUCGGAGUCGCACGGCGUGGUGUUUGUGGUGGACUCCAGCGACGUCCAGAGGAUCCAGGAGACACGGGAGACCAUGGCCGAGGUCCUCCAGCACCCACGCAUCGCGGGGAAACCUGUGCUAGUGCUUGCCAACAAACAAGACCAAGAGGGAGCGCUGGCUGAGGCAGACAUCAUUGAGAACCUGUCGUUGGAGAAGCUUGUUAACGAGAACAAGUGUCUCUGUCAGAUCGAGCCGUGCUCAGCCGUUCUAGGCUAUGGCAAAAAGUUCGACAAGUCCAUCAAGAAGGGCAUGAAGUGGCUCCUCAACAACAUUGCCAAAGACUACGAGGCCAUCACUGAGCGCGUGCAGAAGGACACGGCAGAGCAGCGCGCACAGGAGGACCAGGACAAGAAGGAGAGGGCGGAGAGAGUGCGGCGGAUACGGGCGGAGAGAGAGCGCCAGGAGCAGGAAGAGGCCGAACGUGAGGGCAUGCAGAUCCAGGAGGAGGAGCUUGAUGAUGAAAACAUUCCCAGCCCCUUCCAACCAAUCAGCAACGUGAUUACGGAGAACGAGGAUAAAGAAAAGGAGAGGAAGAGGCAACAAGAGCAGCAGGCGGCGAGGACCAACAGCCCGAAGACGGAUGCUGAUCAAGAGGAAGAGGAGAACGACGACGACGACGACCAAGAGCCAGACAACACAAGACAAACGCCGGAAAAUCCCAGUUCAGCCACAACAGGCGAGCAAGACAAAAAGAAGACGAGGAAGCUGCACCUGAAGAGGAAGCACAGGGUGGACCCGCUGAGGACGGACGACGGGCCAGCAGAGAGCCCCACCCCUCCACCUCCUCCAGUGGGAUGGGCCACACCCAAAGUUUCUAGGCUGCCAAAACUAGAACCACUCGGGGACUCGAGACAUUCUGAAUUUUACAAGAAGCCUCUCCCGCCUCUCGCGAACAAGCCGCGGCCUAACGGUGACACUCAAGACGUCAUCGUUUAGCCUCCUUUACUGACUGGGGUCCUCCGAUCACGGCUCUCUGGCUUUCUGUCUCACGCGAGCGGUGUGUAGACAACCAAACCGAAGAGACACUGCAGACAGGAGCCUCCUGACGUGGGAGCCGGGGAGCGCCGAAAGUGCGACAGACACGAAACCCGGGAGCAACAUGAGAAAUGAAGUCCUGCUCAGAAGCUCUUAUGUGGUUCCACAAACUGACACAUUUUCAGAAACCAUGAACAUGCCUGAACUGAUUUUAUGUCAGUGUUCUGUCUCCCCUCAACAAAAGCACAUUCGGUGCUGAACUCUUUCCGCUACUGUAGACUGAAACCUCAUUGUUUUUAUUGUGAAUAUCAGUGUUAGACGGUUUGGACUCCAUUUGUCCAGCUGAAAUGCUUUUAAUUGACAAAGAAUGUAAAUCUGUCAGCUAUAACCUUAUAUAUGUUUAUGUCUGUUACUGAAUAAUGGAUUUGUAUACACGCCGCCAGUAAAAAUGACCAUAUUUUAUUCAUUAAUUUGGCACCUUUUGGUUUUGUAGUGUAAACAAAGGUGUGUGUGUGUGUGUGUGUAUAUGAUCUCUUGGAGGUCUUAAGUGGCUUUUCACAGCUGAGUGCUUUAAAUGUGAUCUUUUUAAAGUUGGAAACAUUUCCCUUUUCGCAACACCUAAAUGAGGUGAAUUGUGGGAAUGAUUUGCUACACUACACUGUACUGUACGUGGGAAAAGUGUUCCACUACACAAUUGUUAAUUGGUCAGUUUUAGUACUGAAUUUCUUUUGAAAGUUUUUACGGCCACGAAAAGAUUAGUUAAAUCUGUAAUUGGGAACAUUUUCUGUCCCUUGCCAGCAGCAUCAUAAAGGUCUUUUUAUUCAUUGUUAAUAUAAAAAUAUAUUUGUCUUUGUCUACAGGGCUACAGAUUAUUUUUUACGCAUUCUGCUGUUUACACUGUGUAUCUGUUUUUAAAGUGAUAUUUCUCUCGAGGCAGGAGCCUCAGACUUGCUGCCUCUUGGGUGGCCCUGAGGUGUGUGAGCCAGUGCUGUUGUUGUUCCAGCUUUUCUUACUCCGUCUCCUGCACCCAUUUUCACUUUGAAAAUAGCUGAAAAUAGCUAAAAAUUAUUGCAUCUCAGAAAACCCAUAUCUGGAGAAAGAAGAACUUGGAACACAACAUUGCCCCAGUUAAGUUUCUGUGUGUUGGAAGAGUUUCAGUGGGAUGAUGAGGGAGUAGAAGGUAUCAUUACACCGACACCUGGAACAGCCAGUAUUGGGUCAGAACACAUGAGAAUAUGUGUAGCAAAAGAAACCCCAUGAAAUGGAACCGUAAAACUACAAUAUAUUUCAAAUCUAUAGUACAGCACUCACUCUCUUGUUAAUGAGGUAGAUGUCUGAAAAAAAUAUAUUUUCUACCCAGUUUGAAUUUUAUUACCGCAAAAUUAAAGAGGUUUUAAAUAUA